AAAACACAUUUAACCUUCCGUAACUCGCGCGGUUGACUACCUGCGUUAGCACCACGGUAAUGCUGAGUACAAAAAGCGAGAUUUUUUCAACGUGUUGUACAAAAUAUAACAGCGCGAUCGCUCGAGGGUUAAAACCACAUUUUAAAGUUUCAAGUUUUUGAAAUUGUUUUGAAAUUCUUAAGCUUCAGCUUAGCUUUUGAUUUUACUAUAACUUGUUCAAAGUUUUUAAUUUCAAGAACAUUAUUUACGAUCUUUUCAGAAUAAUUACAAGGUCUUCGGAACAGCUUAGCGACAUGCAGGUUUGCCGAUCUGGUAGUAUGAAGAGCUAGCUUUGACCUUUUUUGAACUGGAUCGUUUCAUCAGUACUGCCGCAACCUCGCUGAACUCGAAUAAGUUUGUUAUGCUCGGUUUCAUCAAUGGGGUUAUAUGUGGCCAAUCCAGGCCCAAAGGGUUAAGUUGAAAUUUAUGAAAAUAAGUUCAAUCAAAGCCUAGAUCAAAGCCCACAUGACAGGUCUUUACAAUCUCUUCAUGUGUCCCAGUUUGCCGAAAUUUUCCAAAAUAAAUAAAAGUGUUGCUUUGCAAUUUCUGUGUAGUCAUUUGGAUUUAAUAAGAAUUCUUUAAUUAUUGCAAACGCUUUAGAAUUUUUGGCUGAAUUGUUGAAAUUCAGCAGCUUGUUCUAUCUUUUCAUCUGAGUUUCUUCUUAUUUUUAAAACUUCUAUGAUGAAAUCAACAUGAAUUUUGAAAUCUUACAAAUAUUUGAACUAUCGUUGAGAGAUAAAUUUAAAAAAAAUAGUUAGUUUUCCAAAUAUUGAAUUCUGAAAACAUGAUAUUAGAAAAGUGUUUCACGAAGUUGCCCAAAACUUGAAAAAAAAAACUUUGUUAAAAAGUUUGGUGCGCCGCGACAUUUUUGGAAAUGUCAAAGGGCGCCGCGAUAGCAAAAAGUUUGGGAACCUCUGAUUUAUUGGAUUCGUACCACAUAUGCAAGCUCGACAUCGAGGUCCAGCUCAUGUUGUCAUCGGACUCAAUUGGAAAGCCUUUGUUGGUUUACUCACAGUGAAAUAAAAUAAUUAUAAGCUGGGAUUAAGAAAUCUAUCAGAUAAAAUCAGCAUAUAUGUUUAUGCCUUUUUUUGAAGAAAAGCAAAUAUCGAUCAUAUGCAUUUUUUUGUGCCAAUUACUGUUUUUGUUUUGUUCAAUUGCCGCAUCCAUAAACCCGCUUAUUAAAAAUGAAGGCCACUUCUACUUCCUUUUUGUCCCAGUGCUCGUUUGUAAAAUUAGUGGUGUACAUAAGGGAACAUCUAUUUAUUAUGUAACGUUAAAUUCGAUAUUUUUGAACACGGUGGUUGGUUCAUUAGGAUCUGUAGGAAUCCAUAAUGUGCUUUUGUAUGAUAACUCCAACUUUUUUGUAUAGGUCUUAACGCUAGGCUGUAUUCCCUAUUCCCCUGGAGCGUUACGGAAUUUAUUAAACCCCUAUCUCCUGAAGCGUUACGUUAUUUGGGGACGGCGCAUAAUGAAAGUUGAAAACUUUUUUAUGCGCAAUGUUGGGGAAUUUCGACAUUUAUACAGCGGGUUGCACUGCUUUCCAAAGAUCAAAUUAAGUACUAAUUUUGAAAUCAUAUCACGAUGAGAUAUUGAGAAGAUAUUUGGCAACUUUUUGAAUAUCUCAUCAAUAUCAUAUUAAGAUUAGACAUCAAAAUUAGAUCGUUUUAAGAUAUGAUUAUGAUAUUCACGUCUACCCGGGUAGCGUCUACUGCGCCUGAGGAGCCUGUUUCAACAGCGUGUUCCGGUAUCGAUCGGCGAGCAAAACAUGUGUUUUUGAUGACGGCGUUGGUGAACGUUGCCUCGAAGAGUGGAAAAAGCUUCAAGUUGCGUGCACUACUCGAUUCAGGAUCCCAAGUCAACCUUGUAUCCGAAGCGGCCGUGAAAUUGCUUGGACUUCCGAGAUACCCGGCCAACGUUCCGGUUGUAGGAGUGGGUGGUGCCAGAUCCCAAAUUCGGCAUCACGUGAUCCUGAAGCUGUCUUCCGACUACACCAAUUUCGAAAGUGACUUGGACUGUUUGGUUACCGCGAGGGUGACUGGUAGGAUCCCAUCCGUUCCGGUUAACAUCUCAGACUGGAAAUUCCUAGCCGAAAUAGUGCUUGCCGAUCCAAGUUUCAACCAACCGAGAGAUGUGGAUCUAUUGAUCGGUGCCGAGCACUUUUUCGAAAUCUUGAAGCAAGCUCAGAUGAAACUUUCCGCAGAACUACCUGCCUUGCAUGAGACCCAAUUUGGGUGGGUUGUCGCCGGUGCCAUGGAGGAUUCUGGAGAUGAAGUCGUUAACGUGUUGUAUGCCACUAAUGAGGAUCCAUUGCUGAAAAGCAUCCAAAGAUUUUUUGAGCAAGAAGAGCUUCCAGAAGAGAAGGUGCAAACGAGUGAAGAGGAAGCGAUCGAAGAGCACUUCAGCAAGACAUACCGUCGAGAAGAGGAUGGCCGAUUCGUAGUUCAAUUACCGUUCCGCGAGUCCAUCAAUCAACUGGGAGACUCCCGUUCGUUAGCAAUGAAGAGAUUUCUAGCAAGCGAGAAACGUCUAGCCAACCAACCCGAGAUGAAGGAGAUGUACCAGGCGUUCAUAAGAGAGUACGAAGGUCUUGGACAUUGCCACGAGAUCCGUGAGGUAGACGAUCCGCCCAACCAACAGAAUUACUAUUUCCCACACCAUGCUGUGCUCAAGCCCUCGAGUACCAGCACAAAACUACGUGUUGUGUUCGACGGCAAGCUAGGCGAAGAGAUUGAGUGCGUUCAACGAAUGGAAAUGCCGAAGCGACUUGCGAACCUCCAUCCAUUUUUGGAUGAAGAAGGAUUCUUGCGCGUCGGCGGACGUCUACAGAAUUCCAUGCUGCCAUUCGACGCCAAACACCAAUUGCUUCUUCCACGUAAUCAUCGAGUGGCUGAGAUGUUGAUUCGUCAAUAUCACGAGGACAGACUUCAUGAGGGACCGUCUGGCCUGCUGGCAGCAAUAAGGCAGAAGUAUUGGUUGGUCAAUGCUCGAUCAGCCAUUCGAAAGGUGACACGCAGCUGUGUAAAGUGCUUCCGCACUAAACCAAGAGAGGUUCAACCUGAAAUGGGGAAUCUACCAGAGGAGCGAGUGAAUUUGGCAGCAGCUUUCGAACUCACCGGUGUAGAUUACGCCGGUCCCGUGACAGUGAAGGAAGGUCGAUAUAAGCCAAAACACAUUAAGGCAUACAUCGCCCUUUUUGUGUGCCUUACGACGAAAUCGAUUCAUCUAGAGUUAGUUUCGGAUUUGACCACCGAAGCUUUUCUUGCGGCUUUGGAUAGAUUUGUCAACCGACGUGGGAUGGUGCGCAAAAUGAUGUCGGACGACGCGACGAAUUUUGUUGGCGCAUCUAGAGAACUCCACCAGUUGCACAUGAUGUUCCGUGAUCAGACCGAGUCAGCAAAGAUUAAUGAUUUCCUGCUCAAACGGGAGUGGGAAUUCAUCCCGCCAAGGUCCCCAAACUUUGGGGGUCUAUGGGAAGCAGGUGUCAAGGUAGUUAAGUCCCACCUGCAUCGAACCUUGGGUAACGCGAUUCUGAACUUCGAAGAGUUUGGAACCGUUUUGACCAGCAUCGAAGCUAUGGUGAAUUCCCGACCAUUGUAUGCGCUGUCUGACGAUCCCAAUGAACCUCUUCCGAUUACACCUGCUCAUCUGAUGCUCGGAAGACCAUUGGAACCAGUAGUAAAGCCAUCGUACACCGGAAUUCCGUUGAAUCGCUUGUCCCGCUUCCAGUACAUGAAUCAUUUGCGUGAACAAUUUUGGGCUAAGUGGUCAAGAGACUAUUUGUCGUCGCUUCAAUCAAGGGCAAAAUGGACAGAAAGUGAACCGAAUGUGAAACUGGGUACCAUUGUGCUAAUGAUGGAGGAAAAUCAGGCGGUUCAAUCAUGGAGGCUAGGUAGGAUCGCUGCACUGCACCCGGGCCAAGACGGAGUAGUGAGAGUCGCCGACGUGAAGACUGCAGCGGGAAUUUUUCGACGCUCAAUUCGGAAGUUGGCACCCUUACCGAUAGAGGAUACUGACGAGCCAACUUUUGGAAUGAUAUUCCAACCGGCGGGAGCAUGUACGCGCCUAACGCGUGCAAGCGAAAAUGUCACGAGUCCCAUCUCGCCAUCCAUUUAAAUUUACAAUGAGUCGACCACGGCGAAACAUUUGCAGCGACAUGUGCUACAAGUGGGCGGAGCAAACAACGCAGCGCAGCGAGCGCUGCUUCUUUUUUAUUUUAUUUUUUCUCUUGAAGUCAAGCAUAUACAGGGUGUUUGUUUCCGGA